AUGUUCUUAGUAACAAUUCGCCCUCUUCCUUGUCUAUCUGUCUCCACCAGCUUAACCCUUACAUCUGAGAGUUUGCGAGCGCUAGAGCUUUUUUUUUGUCCAAUAAUUCAAUUAGAGCCGUUCCUGCCCUCAAGAGAAAAGGAGACUCCCAGCGCAAUUGAGACCUUUUCAGAAUGUGUAUGGGAUGGGAAGUCAGUUCUUGCCAUCCGUCGUGAGGAUGUGAAUGUCUGGGAACGUCGAGCUCCUCUGUCACCAGCUCAUGUCCGAGACUUAGUAAAGAAUGGUGUCAAAGUGAUUGUGCAGCCUUCCAACAGAAGAGCUUAUAACAUGCAGGAAUACCAAAGAGCUGGUGCAAUUUGUCAAGAAGAGAUCGGAGAAGCAAGCCUUAUUGUUGGAGUAAAACAAAUACCUAUUGAUCUCUUGAUGCCAAACAAGACUUAUGCAUUCUUUUCGCACACCAUCAAAGCCCAAGAAGAAAACAUGGAUUUGCUCGAUGCCAUUUUAGAAAAGAACAUUCGCCUUAUCGAUUAUGAGAAAAUGCUAGAUAACAAUGGUCAAAGAUUGGUGGCAUUUGGCAAAUAUGCUGGUGUGUCAGGAAUGAUUAAUAUUCUUCAUGGUCUUGGAUUACGUCUAUUGGCUCUUGGACAUCAGACCCCCUUCAUGCAUAUUGGUUCCAGUCACAACUACCGUAAUAGUCAAAUGGCUCUUCAGGCAAUCCGUGAUGCAGGUUACGAUAUUUCUCUUGGGUUUAUGCCCAAAUCUAUUGGACCACUUACAUUUAUUUUCACUGGAUCUGGUAAUGUAUCUCAAGGAGCUCAAGAAGUUUUCCAAGAACUUCCUCAUGAAUAUGUAGAACCAGAAUACCUUCCCAAAGUGGCUCAACAAGGCGCCACUAACAAGUUGUAUGCAUGUGUAGUAAGUAGAGAGGACCACUUCGUUCGAAAGGAUGGUGGAACUUUUGAUGCAGAAGAAUUUGAAACCCAUCCUGAGAGAUAUCUUUCUAUUUUUAGCCAUAAGAUUGCUCCCUAUGCUUCUUGUAUUGUGAAUGGGAUCUACUGGGCAGUGAAUUCCCCACGUCUUAUAACAAUCCCUGAUGCCAAGAACUUGCUGAAGCCUGCCUUAACACCCUGGCUGCCUUCAAUGAGUGGCUGCCCUCAUCUACCUCAUCGAUUACUUGCCCUCUGUGACAUUUCGGCUGACCCUGGUGGUUCUAUUGAGUUCAUGAAAGAAUGUACGACCAUUGACCGUCCAUUCUGUUUGUAUGAUGCAGAAGCACACAUGGAAACUGAGAGUUUUGCAGGUGAUGGCGUUCUGAUUUGUUCCAUUAGUAAUAUGCCAGCCCAAAUUCCAAGGGAAUCAACUGACUUCUUUGGUAGUCAGCUCUACCCCCAUAUUUAUGAUAUGAUCAAAUGUAAUGCAAAAGCCCCAUUUGAGGAGUACACAGGUUCUGAUGUGGUGAAAAAUGCAAUUAUCGCUUCAAAUGGUAGGCUGACUCCUAAUUUCCAAUAUAUUGAUGAUCUUCGCAACCAAUUCAAGGUCGCCAAGAAAGCUAAACUGCUAAGCUCUUCAAUUUCUAAGCGGUGCCUCUUGUUGGGAGCUGGGUAUGUGUCCGCUCCUGUUGUUGAAUAUCUUACACGAGAUAAGAAUACACAUGUCACUGUUGCUUCCCAGUUGAAAGAUGAUCUGGACUCUAUAGCUAGGGCCUGCCCCAAUGCGGAUUACCUGACACUUGACAUCACACGCAGUUCUGAUGAACUGGAAAAACUUAUCAAUGAACAUGACGUUGUCAUCAGCCUUUUACCAUAUUCUUUUCAUCCAAUGAUUGCCAAAAUCUGCAUUGCUCUCAAAAGAAAUAUGGUGACCGCCAGUUAUGUUAGCCCUGCCAUGAAGGAACUUCAUCAAGCUGCCAUAGAUGCUGACAUCACUAUUGUCAAUGAAGUUGGAGUCGAUCCAGGAAUUGAUCACAUGCUUGCAAUGGAAUGCUUUGAUGAAGUGAAGACAGGUGGAGGUAAAGUAACUUCUUUUGUAUCUUGGUGUGGUGGUUUACCUGCUCCAGAAUUCUCUGAAUGCCCACUUCGUUACAAAUUCAGCUGGUUUCCCAAAGGUGUCUUGAUGAAUUUACUGGCUGGAGCCAAAUAUAUGGAAGACAGCCAGGUUGUUGAAAUCAAUGCCGGUGGCCAUUUACUUGAAGCAGUUCGUAAACUUGAUUUCCUGCCAGGCUUCAACAUUGAAGGAUUCCCUAAUAGGGACUCUACCAAAUAUUUAGAUUUAUAUGACAUAACUGAAGCUCAAACUUGUCUCAGAGGUACCAUCCGAUACAGUGGAUUUUCCAACGGUGCCAAAGCUUUGCUACAACUUGGCUUAAUCAAUUCAGAACAUGAUGCUCGCCUUCAUGAAAAUGGACCCCCAAUUACUUGGAAAGCCUAUUUGAGUGAAUUGAUGGGCAAAUCACCAGACAUUCUUGUGGAUUCCUUGAAGGAUUUGAUUUAUGGGCGUUUGGAAUGCAAUCAAGAGAGGCUCAAAUGUAUUGAAGAUCUGGGACUUUUGGAAGAUGAACUAAUUGAUAAACGUGGAACACCUAUUGACACCUUGUCUCAUUAUCUGGCAAAAAGGCUUUCAUUUCAAAAACAUGAACGGGAUGUUUUGCUAAUGCGUCAUCAAGUAGGUGUCACCUGGCCCGACAAAAGUUCAAUAACAAGGAAUGUUGGAAUGUGUGUAUAUGGAGAAAAUGAUGGGUUUUCAGCAAUGGCCAAGAUGGUUGGCCUACCAUGCGCCAUUGCUACCAAAAUGGUAUUGGAAGGUGAAAUUCAAAAGAAAGGAAUUGUGGUUCCAUUCACCUCUGACAUCUACAGUCCAAUUCUGAAACGUCUUAAACUGGAAGGAAUCUCUGCUACAGAAUCUGAGAUUGUCCAUUGA